CUUCUUUCUCUUUCUCCUAAAUUUUCAACAAAACCACGAGAAAAGGCUUCCCAAAUCGCAGGCUUUCAGGUGGGGCAGUGGCUUAUGACAAUAUGAGCCCCUUCUUCCUCCUCCUAUGGCUUGUCACUAUCCCUGCCCUUGCCCACUCUGCCGUUCCUGACCCUCUUGGGUAUUUUUUAAACUGUGGAAGCUCUAAUGAGGUAACGGUAGAAAGUCUCAAAUACAUUUCUGAUGGAAGCUACAUCAAGGUGGGAAGCACCGCCACUAUUAACAAGCCAGACUUGUUGCCCACAUUGUCUACAUUGCGAUACUUUACCAACACAUCGGCUAGAAAGUAUUGCUAUUCAUUUCCCGUCAUCAAAGGCGGCAAGUACCUUGUGAAGACCAUAUACUAUUAUGGUGGUUUUGACGGAGGAAAGCAGCCGCCGGUUUUUGAUCAAAUCGUUCAAGGGACAAGAUGGAACACCGUGAACACCACUGAGGACUAUGCCAAAGGUCUUAGCUCCUACUAUGAGAUUGUGGUGGCGUCGGCCGGGAAGACGUUGAGUGUGUGCUUGGCUAGGAAUGCACAUACUGGUAGUUCAAGCCCUUUCAUCUCAGCUUUGGAGGUGAAGAGCUUGGAUGAUUCAUUGUAUAAUCCCACGGACUUUACCAAGUAUGCUCUUGUAACUGUUGCUAGGCAUUCCUUUGGAGGUGAAGAUUUCAUCAGUUUUCCAGAUGACAAAUUCAACCGGAUGUGGCAGCCAUUUAAGGACCAGAAUCCUGCUGUGGCAAGCCAUUCAAAUGUAACUUCUUCAGAUUUCUGGAACCUCCCACCAAACAAAGCAUUUAGUUAUGGAAUCACCACUAGUAGAGGGAAAACCCUUGAAAUCCAGUGGCCACCAGUGUCCCUUCCAAGCACCAUGUACUACAUUUCCCUAUACUUUCAUGAAAACAGAAGUCCAAGCCCUUUUAGCUGGAGAGUCUUCGAUGUUUCGAUCAACGGACACACUUUCUUUUCCAACCUCAAUGCCACAACUAAAGGUGUUACAGUUUAUGCUGCACAGUGGCCACUUUCUGGGAAAACCAAAGUCACCUUGACCCCUUCUAGAGGCAUGCCUGUUGGACCUGUGAUCAAUGCUGGGGAAGUUUAUCAGAUUCUGCCUCUUGGUGGCAGGACACAAACUAGAGAUGUGAUUGCAAUGGAAGAUUUGGCUAAAAGCAUUCAGAACCCACCUCCUGAUUGGCAUGGUGAUCCUUGCUUACCUAAAGGGAAUUCAUGGACUGGAGUUAAAUGCUCCAAUGGUUUCAUUGCGCGAGUCAAGACAGUGAACUUAACAAAUGCUGGGCUUGCUGGGUCACUUCCUCAAAGUAUUGGAAAUCUAAAUAAACUUGUUCAUCUUUGGCUUGGGGGAAACAAACUCUCAGGCGCCAUCCCUGACUUGAGUGGGUUGAAGGAGUUAGAAACUCUGCAUUUGGAGAAUAACAAGUUCCAAGGACCAAUUCCUCCAUCAACAAAGAAACUCCCAAAAUUGCGCGAAAUUCACUCAGAUUUUCAAUAAAAACAACUUUGAUGGGAAAGUUCCCAAACACUAUAGAGAAGUGAAAAGAAAGUACAAGUGGCUCUUGAAGUUCAUCUGCCAGAAUCAACAUAAUGACAUUGCAAAUCCGGCCGAUUUUGUAUGUGACUGGGAAAUCUUUGAUACAAAUAUGUCUUCAUCGGAUUAUCUUGCAUCCAUCAUAUUGUAAACCAAAAUUACAUCAAAUGUAAACAUUAUAAAUUAGUAAUGAAUAGAGAAAAUAGAUUCUACACAUUGGACUUAUGGUUGUUUGCUUUUGCUGCUCAUGUUUGACGCCAUAUGAAACUAUGCCAUGAUGCAUUGACUACAAUUG